GAGAGACCGUGCGAAAAGGAGGAGCUUCUCUCUCCCUCCUUCCUCUAUCCUUCCCCUGAACGACCCCUCCCUCUCUCUCUUUCUUUCUUCUUCCCCCCUCGCUACCAUACUCCGUCAUCUUGUGCUGACAAUCCUCGAUCCUUUUCGGUAUUAUUCACGGCGGGAAGUUGCUGCCGCUGGAACGCGUUGCCUCCUCCUUCCUCUGACGGGACCGUCAACGGCUUUUCUCUCUUUUGAAAAAAGAAGAAGCUCGCGGUAACUCCAACCGUCGCCGCCGUCGCUAUCAACAUCCAUCCUUCAGCUCUCUCGGUCUGUCUCUUCGUGCGUGUUAGUGUCUGUCUUCAGGGGGUGUGUGUGCGAUGGACGGCAUUGUCACAGAUCUUAUAGCAGUCGGUUUAAAGCGGGGAUCUGACGAGCUUCUUUCUGCUGGUAUUGUUAACGGCCCAUCUACCAUGAGCAAUUCUACUCCAGCUACAGCUAAUGGGAACGACACCAAAAAAUUUAAAGGAGAAGGAUCUCCAAACCCACCCUCUCGUGUUCUUCACAUUCGUAAGAUUCCAAAUGAGGUUUCAGAAGCAGAGGUCCUUUCACUAGGUUUACCAUUUGGCAAAGUCACUAAUCUGUUGAUGUUAAAAGGGAAAAAUCAGGCUUUCCUUGAAAUGGCUUCAGAAGAAGCAGCUGUUACUAUGGUGAACUAUUACACCACAGUCACUCCACACCUCCGCAAUCAGCCCAUCUACAUCCAGUAUUCCAAUCACAGGGAACUGAAGACUGAUAACUUGCCCAACCAAGGCCGAGCCCAGGCUGCUCUGCAGGCAGUAAAUGCAAUGCACACUGGCAACAUGUCAAUGGCAGGCAGCACAGUCAGUGAGGGAGCACAGCUAGCUGGUCAAAGUUCAGUCCUUCGCAUCAUUGUGGAGAAUCUCUUUUAUCCUGUUACUCUGGAGGUUUUGCAUCAGAUCUUUACCAAGUAUGGAACUGUGCUGAAGAUAAUCACUUUCACAAAGAACAAUCAGUUCCAGGCAUUGCUACAGUAUGCCGAACCAAUGCAUGCUCAUCAUGCUAAACUGGCUUUGGAUGGCCAGAAUAUCUACAAUGCUUGCUGUACUUUACGUAUUGAGUUUUCAAAGCUGACUAGUCUUAAUGUUAAAUACAAUAAUGACAAAAGCAGAGACUUUACACGUCUUGAUCUUCCUUCCGGCGACGGCCAGCCGACUGUUGAUCCUUCUGUGGCCGCCGCUUUUGGUAAGGAAAGCUCACUUCUAGGUGCACCCGGUAUCAUUUCCAACCCCUAUGGGGGUGGUGGAUUUGGCCCUGCCCUUGGCUUUCCACAAACUGCGGGUCUGUCUGUUCAAGGAAUCCCAGGAGGGCUUGGGCAUCUUGGCCUGCCACAUGGUGCAGUUGGUGGCCGUCUAGCAAUGCAUGGUAUUGGCCCAGCAGCAAACUCUGUCUUGCUAGUUAGCAACCUAAACCCUGAGAAGGUUUCACCUCACUGGCUGUUCAUCCUCUUUGGAGUUUAUGGUGAUGUACAUCGUGUGAAGAUCUUGUUCAAUAAAAAAGAAAAUGCCUUAAUACAAAUGGCAGAUGCAAAUCAAGCUCAAUUGGCCAUGAGUCACCUCAAUGGGCAAAAGGUUUAUGGCCGGGUAUUGCGUGUGACUCUGUCCAAACAUCAAAUGGUUCAGCUUCCUCGAGAAGGGCAGGAAGACCAAGGUCUGACCAAGGACUACAGCAGCUCACCACUUCAUCGUUUCAAGAAACCAGGGUCCAAGAACUUCCAGAAUAUUUUCCCUCCAUCAUCCACCCUGCAUCUCUCCAACAUUCCACCUUCAAUAACCGAAGAUGAUCUGAAAAAUCUGUUUGAAAGUGCUGGAUACUGUGUGAAAGGCUUCAAGUUUUUCCUGAAGGACCGUAAAAUGGCCCUCAUCCAGUUGGACAGUCUUGAAGAAGCAAUCCAGGCUCUCAUUGACCUUCACAAUCAUGAUCUUGGAGAAAACCACCACCUCAGAGUUUCCUUUUCUAAAUCUACAAUAUAAUUCCUCUCCUGUUCUCCCUAUAGACUGGGACCACCCAAUGUGGUAAACUAGCAUUCAGACAGAGACUGAAAUACCAAUGACCAACUAUGCCUGCAAGAGAUGCUUAGUGUAAUAUUUUAAGUGGAACACAACAGUGAUGAUGGGAUCCUUCCUUUGUUUAUCCAUCAGUUUAAGCUUCAAUCAAUAUCAAUUUUCUUUAUGUAAUUUUUGAAAUGGGUGGGUUUGUUGCAAGCAGUCAAUAGCCAUAAAUUGAUCAUUCACCUGCUCUUAACAACUGGUUCAGUGAAAAUUUCUUUUUGAAGAAGUUUACAAUUUUGGGGGAGAGGGAAAAGAAAAUCCUGUCUAGAUCUAAAAGAUUUUGACACACUUUAUUUUGGUAAUAUUGGGGAAAAAGAAUUAAACAUCAUGGGUUUUCAUACCACUAUAAUCUGAAAGAAAUUAUCAGUUUCAUAUUUACUGUGUACUUGUUUAAUUAUCAUGUGCCUUAUUAUGUGCUUAUAAUCAAAUAGAUUAGAGGCUUUUCCUGAGGUUUCUUCAGUACAACUAUUGUGGGUUCUUUCAAAGGGAGUCCUUCUCCUUGUAGAUUUAGGUGAAUUUUCUUUUGUGUACGUUGCAGUAUUGCAACAAUUAAUGAUUUUUAUUGCAAAUUAGCACACAGUUGGGAAUGGAAGCCCAAGCUUUUUCCUGUCCUUGGGCAAGCUGCAAAUCUGUACUCUGUACCAUCCAAAACUGCAGAAAUGCUGUAUAAAAGCCUGUGCUACAGAUUCUUUUGAAUGUUAUUUACAGUGACAAAACUGCAAUGUCUAUGGUUGAUUUGUUUUUUCCCUUGAGUACCUGUAAGGUUCUAAAUAUUCAAAAUCCAAUCUGUGUGCUAUGAGUUUGUUGUAUGUUAUCUUAAUUUUUUUCAUUUAUUUUGAUGUUCUUAGUGUGAACUUACUGGUUCAUUUUAUGAAUGUUUAAUUGUUAUUAUUGGCUUUUUUUUGUUGGGCGGGGUGGGUGUGUGUUGGUUUAGGCUUUUGAAUGUUUCCGUGUAGGUACUUUUCUGAAGUCCUCUCUGGGAUUUUUACUUUUGUUUCAUUAGACUCCCUAGCUAAUUAACUAGCAUUUUUUGCCUGCCUUGUUUUAUUGAAUGCUCUCUGGACUAACUGCCAGUCUAGAAAACGUGUCCUUAAUUCUUCCAUUCAUUCUGAAAGAAAACUUCAGAGCUGCACAGACUUCGAAGCUGCAACUAAACCAUGGUUAGAACUGUACUGAUUUAUUAAAUACAAGACUCUUUCAUACCAUUUGGGUGGAAUUCCAUGAUACUUAACAGAAAAAGGAUUAAAUAUUAGUGAAUGAUAAGGUAGAGAAAACAGAGCUUUUUUUUUCAGGGUUUCGGAGAAAAACCAAAACAGGACCAAAGUUGAUGUGCCUUCAAUAGUCUUAAUCAUUUUUUUUCUCUUGCCUCCAAUUUAAUAUUUUUCCUUUUACUAUAUUUACACUUAAAUUAGAAAAUUAUUAUGAAUGUAGUUUCAAAUAGACGAGGGAGAUUGAGUAAAAGAAGAAUUUUCACUUUUCAUUAGGGGGUGCUUUGUUUGCUUGCACCUAGCUCUAAGGAGAAAAUACCUUAAGGUCGCUAAUUUACAUUGAAUUGGAUCUGUCAACUCCUGCAUGCUGAGCAUGGAACCAGAGGUUCACUUCACAAAAGAAGCAUCUUAAAACAGUUGUUAGGAAUCUCCCAGUAAUUUCCAUUUGUGGUGCCCCGAGCCAGAACUUUCCCAAAGUUGUGAUUUGUAUUUUCUUUCAUCAUUCUGCAAAUACAAAGCCGAAAAGUGUUUUUUGUUUUGGAACACCAGGUGGUGUGGUGUAGCAUUCUCAAGAGUGGUCAAAUGCAUUGUUAUACUGUCUUGUUAAGGCAGACCUCGUUCUUUCAUUAGUAAAUAUAGUCACACCAGCUUCUAAUAACUAGUGAUAUUUGUGACUGAAAAGAAAAGUCAUCUGACUUUUAAAUUGGCUGACACCAUAGGCAACCCGUAUUUAUUUGUUUUUGAAUUUAAAAACUGGACUGAUGUUUGUUUGACAUCAACAGUAGAAAAGGGUCUAGCUGAUGUGUGAUGGUGCACAGUUGAUGUCAGUUCGAGAUUUACCAGUUCCAUCAGAUAGGGUCACCAGUGAUAAUUGACAUGCAGUAUAAUGACACUUGAGACAUAAGUUGCAACUAGAAUGCUCCCACCUGUGCAAUUUAGGCGAGGGUUGCAACAUUUGUGGAAUCCUUGAACCUCUCUUUCAAGCUGCUUUUCUUAAGUCUUUCCCUUCUAGCAUUGAGGUGUUGGCAGGUAUGUAGUGCUUUCCUCCCUGUUCGUUCGUGUACUUGAUCUGUUCUUAAAAUUCCUGCUUUUUUGAGUUUGUAAGAAUGUUCAGCUGAUGAUGAAAAUGCUGUAAAUAUUUGUAACAACUUUUUUUAAUGAGGUUUUUUGGGAACAAGAUAAAGUACAAACUGGUUUUUAUAUGAAAACAUUGAUUGUCUUGUAUAUUUUGAUAAGCAACAGUACCAGGUUUCAUUUGUAAAGCGGUUUGUGUCAAUGUGGAAGAAACAAAAUGGAUUCCAUUUCUGUUAAGAUUUGUUUUUAAUGCAGAGAUGUUGAAAUAUUAAAAAAAUAUUUUCUAA